AACGUCCGCUAUCCGGUGGAGCGCUCGCAGUGGCCACAGCUUCUCCUCCUCGCCCCGGCCAACUUGCAGAUGCUCACCUCCUCGCUCCCGCCUCCCACCCUCUCGGGCUCCAAGCUCGUCGCCGCCACCGCCACCGCCACCGCCACCGCCAUCUCCACCGCAGCCACUUCAUCCUCUGAACCAGCACUCGCCGGCGGGACCGGCCGCAUCUCCGCCCUCAUUCGCUCCCUCUGCGCCGCCGGUCGCACCACCGAUGCUGCGCGCUCCCUGGACGCUGCGGGCGCCGCCGCCGGCAUCGUCGCCUACAACGCCAUGGUUGCUGGAUACUGCCGCGCCGGCCAGGUCGCCGCUGCGCGCCGCCUCGCGGCCGUCGUCCCGGUCCCGCCCAACGCCUACACCUACUUCCCCAUCGUCCGCAGCCUCUGCGCGCGGGGACGGAUCGCCGACGCGCUCACGGUGCUCGACGAAAUGUCCCACAGGGGAUGCGCGCCUAUCCAGCCCAUGUACCACGUCAUCAUCGAGGCCGCCUGCAGGGGCGGCGGCUUCAGGAGCGCCGUGAGGGUUCUUGAGGCAAUGCACGCCAAGGGUUACACUUUGGACACCGGCAACUGCAACCUGGUCAUCAACGCCAUCUGCGAGCAAGGGUGCGUGGACGAGGGAGUAGAGCUGUUGAGGAAGUUGCCUUUCUUUGGCUGUGAGCCGGACGUCGUUAGCUACAACGCUGUGUUGAAGGGCCUGUGCAUAGCCAGGCGAUGGGGGGACGCGGAGGACCUCAUGGACGAGAUGGUUGCGGUCGAUUGCCCGCCCAAUAUCAUUACUUUCAAUACCCUCAUUGGUUAUUUGUGCAGGAACGGCUUGUUUGAGCAGGUGCAUCAGGCCCUUUUGCAGAUGUCCGAGCAUGGGUGCACACCAGAUAUAAGGAUGUACGCGACCAUCAUCGACGGGAUUUGCAAGGAGGGGCAUCACGAGGUUGCAAAUGAGAUUUUGAGUAGGAUGCCUUCUUAUGGUCUCAAGCCCAAUGUUGUCUGCUACAACACUGUGUUGAAGGCACUAUGCAGCGCUGAGCGGUGGGAGCAAGCCGAGGAGUUACUCGCUCAGAUGUUUCACAAGGAUUGCCCCCUGGAUGACGUGACAUUCAAUAUACUUGUUGAUUUCUUUUGCCAAAACGGGUUGGUCGACAGGGUCAUUGAACUUCUCGAGCAGAUGCUGGAGCAUGGAUGCAUGCCAGAUGUCAUCACCUACACUACGGUUAUCAAUGGAUUUUGCAAACAAGGGCUAAUCGACGAAGCUGUCAUGCUUCUCAAAAGCAUGUCAUCCUGUGGAUGCAAGCCAAAUACCAUAAGCUAUACUAUUGUGCUGAAAGGUUUGUGCAGCGCAGAGCGGUGGGUUGAUGCUGAGGAGCUUAUGUCUCAUAUGAUUCAGCAAGGCUGUCUUCCAAAUCCUGUUACAUUCAAUAUGUUCAUGAAUUUCUUGUGCAAAAAGGGAAUGGUGGAGCAGGCAAUCGAACUUCUUAAGCAGAUGUUACUGAAUGGAUGCAGUCCUGACCUUAUUACUUAUGGUACACUAAUUGAUGGACUUGGUAAAGCUGGCAAGACGGAGGAAGCAUGGGAACUCUUAAAUGUUAUGGUCAGUAAAGGGAUCACUCCAAAUUUAAUAAUUUAUUCAUCAAUGGCAUCUGCUCUGUCUAGUGAAGGUCGAAUUGACAAGGUUAUUCAGAUGUUUGACAGCAUCCGAGAUGACACAAUAAGGUCUGAUGCAGUUCUCUGCAAUGCAGUCAUUUCUUCGCUUUGCAAAAGAUGGGAAACAGAUCGUGCUAUUGAUUUUCUUGCUUACAUGGUGUCAAAUGGAUGCAUGCCCAAUGAAUCAACCUACACUAUACUUAUUAAAGCUUUAGCUAGUGAGGGAUUUGUAAGGGAGGCACAAGAUUUGCUGACUGAACUGUGCUCCAGAAGAGUUGUAAGAAAGCACUUGAUGAGGCAUUUUGGUGUUGUAUGAACAAAUAGUCCUUAACACCAUAUGCUGGUGAAAGGAGGAGAUUAAUGUGCUGCAAUUGGCAGGAUGGGUUUGUCUACUUGAAGCUUCAGCAGCUCAUGAUGGUUGCUUGCUACUUACCGCGUCAACUCCCUCGAGCUAUUGACAUGGAUCCUGCAUCCAACAGCCGGGACUCCUCCAACGGUAGCUGUUCAAAUCAGCUCUGCUUUACACCUGUACUUUGACUCAACCACUCUGUUGUUUUUCAUAUUUUUCGCUUAGCUUUAUAGUCCCGCUCCCUCUAGGUUUUGGGCAUCAUUCUUGUAUUGUGUUAAACCCUAGUCUGUCCUUACCUUCCUCUGUAGUCGACUAUAUCGCUUGCAAUCAAUCACUGAGCUUCGUGCUAUUUA